UUUAUUCCAGGAACUUUGGAAGACAAGAUGGCUGCCCUCGGCCAAGUUUUGUCGCGGCAUUUUGGCCUUUUGCGACUGAAAGGGCCUCAGCUGUUGAACACUCUGUUAGUUAACUCUGAACCGAGUUCAUUCAAAGUGAUUCAGCGUGGAAUGGCAGGCGGCAAAGCUAGGAAGUUUUUUGUUAAGCCAACCCGUUAUGGAGACUUGAGAUUUUUAAGGGCAGCGAGAUAUUACUUCUUGCUGACGGGAGUUCCUUGUGUCAUCGGUAUCACAUGUAUCAACGUCUUUGUUGGUCCGGCCCAGCUAGCAGAGAUUCCGGAAGGUUACACCCCAAAAGAAUUUGAGUAUCACAAGCACCCGAUCACCCGUUUCAUCACAAAGUAUUUCGUCAACACACCUCAGCAGGAGUACGAGAAGAUGGCACACUACCUCGACAUCGAGAAAGAGAAGAUCGGGGCCAGGAAAGCUGAGAAGACCGUCCGUAGGUUGAUGAGAGAGAGAGGAGACGGCCACUGGUAUUACUACCCCGUCGCCUCACCGGUCGACAGAUACGAAGACGAAGAACUGAAAGAUUGAUUCGUUGAGAAGUCAAUUGAUUUCAGAGGGUGUUGAGAAGCUUGUACAAAAGAUUAAGGAAACGCAAAGUUUAAAAACUUUGGUUUUUAAUGUCCGUUAUCAGAGGUGUGAUUUCUCAGGAUCAGGAUUUUAACCUGAUUUUAGUGUUUUUUUCUCUUCAAAAUCUCCUUAAAUAAUUAGCAUGAUUUUCUUGAAAGAAUACUUGAAUAAAGUGUUUUAUAUGCUCUGUCAUGAGAUUAGGGCCCUGUUCCACACAGAAUCCUUAGCUCUGAAACAAACUUACUGCUUAGCAAAAACCAGCUAAAUUUGUGGUUCUCAGUUAAGCACCCCAUACCCCCACCCCCCCCCCCCCCCCCCCAAUCUGAUUAAAUGCGAUAUGAUGGCAGUCAUCAAAUUAUUAUUAUUUUUUUCUAAGAAGACACAAAAAUAAUGAUGAAUCUUUUAUUUAAAGCUGGGUUUCAUCAGAGUUAAGUUUGACACCUGCAGUGCAUGUAUUUGUGAUUUGUUUGAACAAAUAAAUUAUGUUAAAGAUA